UUUUAUUUAAUAUUUUUAUUAUUUUUUGCCUUUUGAACUCAUUUCCAACUGUAUACUCCACGUUUUCACAGUUUAUAAGUACUAACCGGAUGUCGUCAAAUCUAUAAUUUUUAUUGUGCAUAACGCCACCUCAUAUUAAUUUUAUAAUAAUUUAGGGUCUAAUUUUAAUUUAUCUUUCAUCUAUACUAUAAUUUAACAGGUUGAUCCCGUUAUAUUUUGUACAAUAUUUAAUGCGGGUAUCAACAACACCGAAAUAUGGUUUACCAUCAGUUUCUCCUAAGCAAAGUUUAUCUUAAACUGCAAUUUAAAUUUAUAAAAUUAUUAUGCUCCUCUGGAACAUUUGAAUCACAUUAUCUUCAAUGAUUCAAGCUUAUAUCCCCGUUCAACAACAAUCUUAGAAUUUUUUAACAUUGUUACAUUAAAAGACCAUUUCUUUGCCAAAAUUUGGCAUUCCAGAUAUUUUAAAAAAGUUUUCAUUUAUAAAAUUUACAGAUAUUCGAUAAUAAAUUGAACGAUGUCCGAAUGUGAUACCAUGGAGAUACUGGCAUCUGCCGAGCUUGAAUUGGAGAUGGCUCACUCAGUUUCAAAGCCAAUCCCGACAACUUCUGGGUUUUUGGUUGAUUCCAAUAUUGACUCGGUUGAUCAAACCCCGUUACGGCUUUCAAAUCGCAAGGUUUCCAAGUUAACCGACGUGGAAGAAAGCAUAUCAUCUCACCCUUUGAUUUCAGCCUUGUUUAGCACUAGGAAUCCUAGGGAUGUUUCCAGCGGAGUUUCCUCCGGCAUUAAGAGCAUAACCAAGGGCGUUGUGAUUGGAGCCACAGGUCUGGUCAUCUGCCCGGUGGUAGGACUAUCCAACGAUGGAGUUAAGGGAUUUUUCAAAGGUGUUGGUGCCGGAGUGUUGGCUGCCAUUAGUCUACCACUUGCAGGAAUUGGCGUUUCUUUAUACCAAGUCACACGGGGAGUAAUAAACACACCUCACGCCAUUUGUCAGAAGGCCUCCGGGAAGGUUUGGAAUAAAGAAGACCGCGUUUGGGAAGAUAACUGGUAUUCUCUGGACGAGGAGUAUAGGCAAAUCAAGCAAUACAUAACUGACUCCUCAAACACGGAAAAUUUUACUGAUGGGCGUAAUAGAGUAAAUAAUGAGGAAGGUGAGGGCAAAAAAGUGUUUGAGACUGAGUUGUACGACAUACUUCAAGUGCCUACAAAUGCAAGUCAGGAGUGUAUAAGAAGGUCAUAUUACAGGUUAGCACUAAAGUACCACCCUGACAAGAACACCAAUGCUGAUGGCGACAGUGACUACAACGAGAUUUUCUCACGAUUGGGCGAGGCUUAUCAGAUUUUGGGAGAUGAGCACAGGCGCAAAAAGUAUGACGCCCACGGUCGUUCAGCUAUAGACGAGAUGCCAAUCCUGGAGUCUCAGUUGUUUUUCAGCAUGUUAUUUGGAACUGAAGCACUGGAGCCCCUUAUAGGUAAACUCCGCAUGGCUCUUUACCUGGAGCUUGAGAUGAGGGAUGAUUUGUCAAAAACUCAGCACGAUUUUUAUAAGCUUCAGCAGGUUCGCGAGGUCCAAAUCGCAGUGUACCUCCGCGAGUACAUCCGCAGCUUCGUCUGCGGUGAACACGACGAGUUCAGAAAGAAGGUGAUUGAUCAUGUGAAGGAACUCUGCAAGAACAGCUUUUCAGUGGCCGUGGUUGAGACUUUGGGCUGGACCUACCUGAAUUACGCCAAGGAGUACAUAGGAAAGAGGUCGUCGUUCCUGGGCAUAUCUGGCAGAGUAGCCAAGACUAAGCACAAGACCAGGAACUUCCGCAAAUAUUUCAAGACCUACGUUUGCUUUUUAAAAACCGCGAUUCUAGAAUCUGGCCACAACCGCACCUGUGAUGCCGAUGAACCUUUGAUUUCAGAUGUGGGAGUCAAUUAUAACGAGAAGUCGAUUCCAGUAAUUCUUGAUGCUAUGCUCAACGUUUGCCUUAUUGACAUCCAGAACACGGUUCGUGCCGCCUGUAAGCGUCUUCUCAAGGACAUGUCAGUCGACUCAUCAUGGCGUCUAAGGCGUGCUGACGCGCUACUCGAGAUUGGGAAGAUCUUUUUGCAAGUUGCCAAGGAUUUCAAGCCCCAGUUCUCAGCCGAGGCAACAAACGACACUCGCCAACGUAUGAACAUGCAUCAGAGGGAUAAGAACGAGCGCAGGAACGUACACUACUCAAACGAGCCCUUUUACUAAUUCUCUAAUCUAUUUAUCACAUAA